GUUUGGUGUUUUCUGCCUGGAUUUCUACCAUUUCGCUGAACUAUUUGGGGGAUUUUCUUUCUGUCAGAGUCGACCUGGUUGUUGUUUGACAUUUCCCACCCAGCACAGUCAGAGGAGAAGGACUACAGAGCAGAGAUCUCACUCUGACCCCCAUCAAGUGGUUUAAAAGACUCUUAUUUUCCAACACCGCUACAAACAAUGAAACUGUUCCUGCACUGUUUUCUCCUGACACUUGGAGUGGCCACUGGGCAUCGCAGCGCUCUGAAUGACUUCCAGCGGUCUGAGGGCAGAGAGCUCAGUCCAACCUCCUGGAACUCGGCUCGAGUGCAGACGUUGCCGGGUUUGAACCUGGAGGACUGUGCUUCUCGCUGCUCACAGUCACUGGACUGCAGAGCUUUCAACUAUGAAACUCGUCCAGCGGUCACCUGCAAACAUCUGCCUUGGGUGGGCGACGGCAGCAACGCAGAGGUGAAGAGAAACGUGAACUGUGACCUUUACGAGAAGAAGGUCUAUGUGAGGAAGUGCAUUGUGGAUAAAGGAGAAGACUACCGAGGGAAAGUCUUCAUCACAAAAAGCGGCCUCACCUGCCAGCAGUGGUGGUCCAAGUUUCCUCAUGAUCACAGGUGGACUCCCACAGCCACUAAUGGUCUGGAGCUGAACUACUGCAGGAACCCAGAUGGGGAUCGUAUCGGUCCGUGGUGCUACACCACCGACGCUGAGCGACGCUAUGAGAGCUGCAACAUUCCUCAGUGCAAAGACGAGGUGUGCAUCACUUGUAACGGGGAGGACUACAGGGGGCAGGUUGACCACACUGUGAGCGGCAGAGAGUGUCAGAGAUGGGACCAGCAGUCUCCUCACCAACACAUCUACCAACCAGAAAAGUAUCCUGAUAAGAGUUUAGAUGAUAACUACUGCCGUAACCCCGAUGCCUCUCCGGUUCCUUGGUGUUACACCACAGACCCUGAAGUGGAGAGAGAAAACUGUGAGAUCAGCAAAUGCACUGAAGUUCAAGUGGAGAAACGUCAGCGCUCCAGUUUCACCACCAACUGUUUCCGCGGCCGUGGGGAGGAUUACCGCGGUAAAGUCAACGAGACGACGUCAGGCAUCCCCUGCCAGCGGUGGGAUGCUCAGCAACCUCAUGAGCAUCCCUUCUACCCAAACACAUACGAGUGCAAGGGUUUGGAGGAGAAUUACUGCCGCAACCCGGACGGGUCUGAGGCUCCCUGGUGCUUCACAUCGGUGGCAGAGAUGAGGACUGCUCUCUGCCUGCAGAUCAAACGCUGUGCAGACGACAUAGAAGCUGAAGAUUGCUACCAGGAAAAUGGAAAAAACUACAGAGGCAUUGUCCGCAAAACUCGUAAGGGCAUCACCUGCCAGAAAUGGAGUGUUAACACACCUCACCAAACCAAGAUAAACCUAAGGACACAUCCUGAGGCCAAUCUGACAGAGAACUAUUGUCGCAACCCAGACGGGGACCAGCACGGACCCUGGUGCUACACCACAGACCCCAAAACUGAGUUUGACUACUGUGCCAUCAAACAGUGCGCUGGAGAGAAAGUGUCCAUGACCGAACCAGUAGAGAAGGUGGAGUUCAGUGAGUGUGGAAAGAGAGAAGACCGUAUCCCAAGGUCGAGGUUGCGUAUCGUGAAUGGGAUUCCUGGGAACUCGCCGUGGACAGUAAGCCUCAGAGACAGAAAAGGAAAUCACUUCUGUGGAGGGACCCUGGUCAAUGCCAGAUGGGUGAUCAGCACCAAGCAGUGUUUCUCCUCCUGCUACGUUGACCUGCCCGGAUACUCGGCCAUGAUGGGAACACUGUUUCGGGAUCCACAGGAAGGAGAACCUGGUGUUCAAACCAUCCCUCUGACCAAGAUCGUCUGUGGACCAUCUGAGUCUCAGCUCGUCAUGCUACAACUGGAAUCCCCAGCCCAGUUUAAUGAGCGUGUCUCUCAGAUCUGCCUCCCUCCUGAGCGCUACAUUGUGGCUGAGGGGACGAUGUGUGAGAUCGCAGGAUGGGGGGAGACCAGAGGAACUGGAGAUGAGACUGUCCUCAAUGUGGCCCACAUACCAGUUCUUAGUAACAAGGAAUGCAACAAAUACUUCAGAGGUCGUGUUCGCGAAAAUGAGAUGUGCACAAACUCCUUCCAGGGCGGAGUAGGCGCCUGUGAGAGAGACUAUGGCGGCCCUCUGGCGUGUCAGAACAGGGACUGCUGGGUACUUGAGGGAGUGAUCAUCCCCAUGAGGCGCUGCGGACACCCAGGGCAGCCCAACAUCUUCAUCCGCGUGUCCGUGUACGUGGACUGGAUCAAGAAGGUCAUGGAGAUGGCUUAGGGACGGAUGCUGGAAAUGCGAAACUGAUCAAAUCCAAUGUCAAAACUUGCAAGAGCAGUUUUUCAACCAAAUAUUUACAGUUUCUUCUUCUUCUCAGAUGUCUCUUUAACAUUAGAAACUAUCAAUAGUACAAAUAAAAAUAAAAGCAUUACAAUUUAUUAUUAGUCCCAUUACUGUUACAUUGCCAGGACAUUUAAAAGGGCUCAUUCAGACUCUUACUCAUGCAGAAAAUGCAGGGAGAACUGAGUCGGUUUUUGCAUUAUAUGUUUCAAAUUAAUUUUUAUGUGCACUUAUAUUUAGUGAAGCUUUUAGUCGAACUUUAAAGUUGAUCAAAAGGAGUAUUUAAAGUUGCUAGUGGCUUGUUGCUGGUAGCCAAAAUCCAUAAGAGCACAAGCAGAAAACAUUUACAUUCCAGGAAAACAAUCCAGUUAGCAAGUAAGAAAAACAAGAAACCAUGCAGAGAAGCUUUAUCACAGAAACACAAACAGCUUUUUAGAUUUUUAGGAACGGCUUCACAUUAAGUCUUUGCGUUAUUAUUUGUCAACAAUUUUUAUUUUUACAAUUACUAUUUUCUCAUUCAUCUUUGCUGUCCCAAUAAAUUCUCACAUCUGCUCAGUUUUCAAACCUUGUUUUAAAUGUUUAUUUGCUGCUAAGUAGGAGGACUUAAAGCAGAGGUUCGCCAGUUUUGUCAUUAAUUCACCAACGACUAAAACGGAAAAGAAAAAAAAAAGAUCAAAUGAGCUGAAGUCCCUCUGGUUCAGAGAAGUAUAGCUGGAGCUAAUUAACUUCCAAUAACGGAGGAGGUGUGAGGGGGGUUUUACUCCAAGUUCCUAACAUCCCCUGGAAAUGCACUCUUUCCCACUAAACUGUACACCUCCCCUGCUCUCCCUGGCAUUGAAUGGAGCUCUGAAAUACCUUCUUUGCCCCCAGCCUCUAAAGAAAUCCCUCCUCUGCCUGUCUUUUGAUGCCUGCCCCCACCUCUAAAGACAUGCCUUUGUGCCUUAUGCAGAACUGUAUGCGCUGCACAUUCUUUCUAGUUCUAUAGGAGGAUUUUUGUAACCCGGUCCUGAUGAGCCCACGGAAUUCAGCUUAAAUAAACCUCAAGAUCAGAGUCCCACCGAAUCUCAGACACAGCGCACGCUGCAGAAGGCCACUGAACUCUCUCGUACAUGGACGCGCACACUAUUUCUCCCUCAUGCAAACCCCCCCCCCACCACCUCCAUGUCUUUCCCCCCCAUUUCUGUCUCUAUUUCCUUCCUCUUUUUGAUUUUCACACCAACAUUUUACUUCAAACAAGCAGAAUUGUGUGAAUUUUUUCUUGCAGAAAAAAGAAACUAAUAAAAGCGACAAACAUGUUAUGGCAACCAUUUAUCCUCCUGCUGUGUGCACCGUUUGGAAACUGCAGGUUGACAGUUAUGAUUUCAGAGUCAUUCUGUUCACUUUCAUUUAGUAAUAUUUAUAGUGGAUGACUAAUCAAAUUCGUAUAUGACUACCAGUUCUCAGCAAGUGUAUUGCCAAAAGCUUCUGGGAAACCUGAGUAAAAUUUUUAAUAAAUGCUUCUACAAAAAUA